AUGGGUACUGAAGCUCGGGACAACCUACUCAACGCGCUUGAAAAACCGGAUUCCUUUGAUGAGUGGCUUCUUGGAACCCAAUACUCUCAGAAAUACUUCAAUAUGUUGCGAUUAAAGGCAGAAUCGAGUCGUAUUCCAAAUAAUAGUGAGAAGAAUUCAAAAAGUCUCCGUCCUGUGAAAGUAAAAGCGGCAAGUAAAACGCAAGUACAAGCUGUUUCACAGGAGACAAACGCUUCAGUACCUGAUGGUCAGGCGAUACAGAAACUUGAUGGGCUGUCACCAAAGAAUACAAUUAAAGGAAAAGGUGAACUACGACCUGCGUUUGAAUCCACUACAUCUUCAACCAAAUGGAAGAAAGAUACUUCGUUAAAAACUUUUAGGACCACUGGAAGCAACGUUAACGACCAACUUGAUGAAGAUAUAACAACAAGAGAGCUUCUUUGGGAGUCUUAUUAUCGAACAAAAGACACCUAUACAGGAGUUUUUCCGGCUCUUUUGACUCCCUACCAGCGGCCAUUCUGGUCGUACAAGGCAGUUAACGACCAAGUGGAAAGGUCUGUUCUUCCUGAAAAUAUGCAACAAAGUAACCAUUUUCCACAAGGAGCUUUAGCAUCUACGUCUCCGUACACUAUGUUCGAUUUGCCACAUGAUGAAAAACCUAUUAUGACGAGGAGACACUAUGCUACUGGUCCACCUUCCUUUGCUCCCACCCCAUGUUCAUCCAAAUGGUUGAAUGCUAUGCGGUGA